UGAAAAUAAUCCAAUUUUGUAAGGCACAUGCUCUCCUUCCUAUUCCAUCUUCGUGGAGCAUAAUGGACCCCCAAACCUCACCCCAACUUCCUCUCUUUAAAAAUCAAUACCAUCUCUUUCUUCUUUUCUAUUCAUUCUCCUUUUUAUUUAAUGCUUUGUUCAAUCCUUUUCAUUUUUCUCUCUUCACUCUCACCCACCUUCACAUAACUUCAUAAAUAAAAACCUCCCCUUUUUCUUUCUCUCAAUCUCACUCUUCAAAAUCUCAAUGGAUUCAAAUCAAAAGCCUCAAACUUUAUCAUCAUCACCACCAACUAGAACAAAUUGUAAUUCACCCGAAUUCGAGUUUUGGGUUCUCCGAAACAAUCCAUCUUUUCCACAACUAAAUCUUCACACCGCCGACGAACUUUUUGUCGACGGUGUACUCAAACCCCUCCACCUCCUCCCCUCCACAAAUAAAUCCGACCCAUCAACCCAAACUCAAAACCAACACCCAUUGCCUCAUGACCCGGAUCCAGAACCAGAACCCGGUUCUCAACCCGAAUCUUCAUCUGCCAUAACUGACUCAUCAGCAUCAUCAUUAUCAUCAUCAUCCACUUUCUCAGCUUCUAAACGGUGGAGAGAUAUUUUCAGAAAAGGUGAGAAAAAAAACACAGAAAACAACAACAUAGAAGAAAAAGAGAAAGAGAAAGAGAAAGAAAAGAAGAACAAGAAGAAGAAAGAAAAAGAGAAAGAGAGAAAGAAUGGAAACGGUGCAAAUUCUGCAGAGUUAAAUAUCAAUAUAUGGCCAUUUUCACGAAGCAGGUCAGCAGGAAAUACGGGCACCCGACCCAAAUUAUUUCCCGGAGCUCCGACAACCCGGAAAGUAAACAGUGCACCAUGUUCCCGGAGCAACUCUGCCGGAGAGUCAAAGUCAAGAAAAUAUCCAAGUAGUCCGAGUCGGGCCGGCGUUCAUGUGGGUCGGAGCAGUCCAGUCUGGCAGGUUCGUCGUGGUGGUUGUAAAAACUCAGAGCAACAAGCUUCAAACACAGAGAAAGUAUCAAAGACUGAAACCACCGCGGGUCGCCGGAGUAAGGUAGUUUCCGGCGGAGGAAAAGCUAGGGUUUUGAGCUUGAAUGUUCCGAUGUGUAUUGGUUAUAGACAUCAGUUGAGCUGUAGAAGUGAUGAGAAUAGUGCUGUCGGUGUUAGUGGCGGCGCCGCCGUUAACGGUGGUGGUAAUGACGGUGGUGAAUGUCAUAAUGAUGAAGGAAAUGUGGGUAACCUUUUUAAUCUACGUAACCUUUUUAGCAAAAAAAGCAUAGUAACUUCUCAUUAGUUUACCUUUUUUAACCACGCCACAUGUUAUGUAAUUAUUAUUUACUACCA